CCGACUUGAGGCACUACCCUGAGUAGCAGGCCGGCGGCUAAGGAGGAAACCCAGUAGUUCCUCUCAGCACACACAAAAAGGAAAUGUUAUCUCAGAAACAUUCGCAUCCAGACAAGGCUAACAAAAUUUCGGUAUUACGUAAAAUGAUAGGACUACAAAAAAAGCGAACACCCGCAGGCGAAUACGUAGUGCCCAAUAAUUCGGUUCUGAAUCUGCAGCAAAAGCCCGGUCUCUACGAUCCCACGCCGAACGCCAUGGAGAAGACAACCAAGUGCCGCUACUGCGAGAACAUGGCCAAGAACUUUCUCUACCUGGAGAGCCUGAUCCGGAAUAACAAGGACAGCGACAAGAGUCCCAAGUGCAGCCUGUGCAACUCGGCGCUCAAGUAUCUGGAGUACGUGAACCGCAAUAUCCGUCAGGUUUUCGGCAAUUUCGAUGCCAUCGUUCAGGCGGAUCGCGCCUUGGCCGCCAAACCGGCCAUGAUGCCCAAGUACUGUGGCCCCGCCCCCGAAAAGGUCGAUCUGCGCGCCAAGGGCGGUGCCAUCAUAACGGUACAGAAGUCGGCUAGGAGUCUGAAGACGAAGGCGGCGGCCCUUAAGCUUAAGUCCAAGGACAAGAGCCUGAAGGGUCAGAAAUCUUUGAAGUCGCUUAAGUCGCACAAGUCGAACAAGUCACUCAAGUCGCUGAGGUCGAAGUCCAGCAAGACCAGCAAGUCCACAAAGUUGGGAAAGUCCCCAAGGUCAGCUACCAAGCACCCGAAGGCCCCGAAAGUGUUGGCCAAGUCGAAGAGCGUUGGUCUCAAGAGCCAAAUCAGCCACGGCAAGAUGAUAUUGAAGCGCAAGUUCCGGAACAAAGUGGCCAGCAAGUUGGCCGGUGCAAAAGUUGAACGAAGCGUUAGCCAACAUCUGCGAUCGGCCAGCUCCAAACUCUCGAAGGGAUCGAGCCACAAGAAGCUGGCCAAGCCACGGGCCACGGGCACACCGACCAGCAUCAAUUGGCAACUCCUGAAGAGGAACCUUCCCAAGAGACCCACUCCCGUGAAGUAGAGACCACGACAUCGGCUGAAUCGGUCACUCACUCUUCGCGCCCAUCCACAAAAUAUUUCGUUUGUCAAAAUUCUGCAAGUUAUUUGCAUUCGGACGAGUAAAAUCUGAUUUUUACUAUAAAAAGCCUUAUCUAGCGCUAA